AUGUCUCGCUCAACCGCCACUUCCUCUGCCGGCCCGACAGGUGACGCAAUUCUCCUCUCCGAAAAUUUCUCCAUCAACUCCAUCGAUUCCCAAAAGUAUGACCGCGUCUCCCGUAUCACAGGGUCCAAUCCAGAUGUAAAAUUCCAUCUCGACAUCGCUCACGAUCUAUACCCUAUGCAACCCGGUGAAACGAUUGAAUUGGUCCUCGCAUCUACUUUGAAGCUCGAUGGGAGCAGUGACAUUGGCGAGGCGAAGCAAGGGUGGAGGGAUAUAGACGAGAUGCCGACUUUGGCAGACGCUUACGAGUAUGUUUGUUAUGGAAAGAUCUACCGGUUUGAAGAGGCCGGUGUGGACUCUAUAAAAGCGUAUAUCUCGUUUGGAGGAUUGUUGCUCUACCUUGAAGGGUCGGCGAAGAAGUUGACGACAUUGAAGCAUGAAUACGUAUACCUCCUCGUUAAGAAAGUCUAA